CGCCAUGUUCCGGUGCAGCGCGCAGUGCUGCGAGAACAGCUCGGCCUCCAUGCAGCAGGUGCAGCAGUGCAUCGAGCGCUGCCACGCGCCCCUGGCACAAGCACAGGCCAUCGUCACCGGCGAGCUGGAGCACCUCCAGGACCGGCUGAGCCGCUGCACGCUACAC